AUGCGUGGAAACGGGAUUAUAUGCGCGGAGGGGGCAUUGUGGAGGGACCAACGAAAAUUGAUAACCAUGUGGUUAAAGAGUUUUGGGAUGAGCAAAUACAGCGAAUCUCGCGAGAAUUUGGAGAAGCGCAUAGCUUGCGGCGUGAACGAGCUACUACAAAACGUAAGGGAAGCUUCUGGGACACCAGUCGAUCUUACGUACAUGUUAACUGAUUCACUCGGGAACGUGGUGAAUGAAAUUAUAUUUGGCUACAAAUAUCCGUCUGAAGAUAAAACUUGGAAGUGGUUCAGACAAAUACAGGAAGAAGGCUGUCAUGAGAUGGGUGUUGCAGGGGCUGUUAAUUUUUUGCCAUUUGUUCGGUUCCUUUCGGCAUCUACUCGAAAAACAAUUGAAGUUUUGAUACGAGGUCAAGCACAAACUCAUAGACUUUACGGUGCAAUAGUCGAAAAACGUCGAAAAGCACUGGGAGUUCAAACUCCAAAAGGCGCGGAAUACUCUUUGCAUAAAAAUUUGGUCAAAGAACAUCCUGAAGGAUUAAUAAAAUACAAAUUUCUUCUGGAACAAAAGAAAAGGUUCGACAGCGGCGAUGAGAAUGCAAAAUAUAUGACAGAUGAACAGAUGUUUUAUCUCUUGGCCGACAUGUUCGGGGCAGGCCUUGAUACCACGUCAGUUACUCUCGCUUGGUUUUUGUUAUAUAUGGCUCUGUACCCGGAAGAACAGGAAACUAUUCGCCGCGAGAUAUUGUCGGUUUUAAUCGAUGAAAAUGAUUCCGAUUACUCGAAACUACCACGUCUAAUGGCAGCAAUUUGCGAGACACAACGCAUCCGCUCUAUCGUCCCUAUUGGAAUUCCUCAUGGAUGUACCGAGGAUACCUAUUUAGGCGGUUACAGAAUUCCUAAAGGCACAAUGGUGGUUCCUCUGCAGUGGGCAAUACACAUGAAUCCUGAAGUUUGGGAGAAACCUGAAGAGUUUAAUCCAAGUCGUUUCUUAGAUGAAGACGGAAAUUUACUUAAACCACAGGAGUUCAUACCAUUUCAAACAGGGAAGCGUAUGUGUCCCGGUGAUGAAUUAUCUCGCAUGAUGUCGUGUGGGUUAAUAACCCGUUUGUUCCGCUAUAUGCGUGUUCAGUUAGCCCAAGAUCCACCAUCGGAAGUAGAAAUGCAAGGCACUGUUGGCGUCACUUUGGCACCACCGAAAACAUUGUACACAUGUGUACCUAUU